AUGCCACCAGAGGUUGCUCAACCAAUCCAGACGAGCCCUUUACUCCCCCCAGACGCAGUCCUGAAAGCGGAGGAAACUAUGGACGCCCCGACUACACAACCUGAGAUACCAGAUCAUGUUGAGCAAGAAAAGCCAGACAAGACCUCUGAAUUCGACCUUCUCCAGGAAGCAUUGGUUCGCCUGGCCGAGAUGAAUAAGCUGUUCACUACUGAAAGGAUUUAUGAGAAUACUGAAGAUGUCGCGAAUGCCGCUGAAACGUCCAUGUAUAGGAGUCUCUGCAAAGGAUUACUCGAAAAGAAUCGUCGGCUUGGACAGCUCACAAUGCGAUCGCAGCAAGCAGCCAUACACCACAAUUUUACAACUAUGAGGAUCGAAGAGCUUGAGAAAGAGGUCAAGGAUUUGAAAAACAGAGUUUACGAGCUGGGAGACGACCAUGAUUUCAAGAAACCGAAGGACAAACUUCCUAUCCAUCUGCACAAGCUGAAGAGAUCCAAUCCCUAUGAGUUUGCACUCAACAACGACAUCAUCCUUCUUCCGAUAUCUCAGCAACCAGCUUUAGAGGUCAAAUUGGCAGAAGCAGUAGUCACUAAACCGACCAAGGAUGAGAAUGCUUCACACAAUAUGGGUAAUGACUCUGACAUCACACCCGAAGGACUUAUCCAGUUUAAUCCGGAGAGACUCAGAAUAAGAUCUCGUCCGCUUAUGUUUCGCCUUGAAAUAGAUGGGGAGACGGUCUACAGCGGCAUGACGUUUCUUCGGCCCUUCAAGUUCUUCAUCAAGCACGAAGCAGCUAUUAGGAAAAGCGUGCCUGAUGUAGAGGCCAAAGUAAAACAGGAAGAGAAAGAUGACUCUGAGAAUAAUCCGGAGAAGAAGAAGAGGGGCAAAAAGGAGUACGACCUAGACCAGCGACAGUUUGACGCCAAGGAUCUCCUGAAGGAUCUCGAAUUAUUGGUUACAUUUCUCGAUACAGAUCUCCGGCCAACCUUUGAUCUUAGGCGACAAAUCAGAGAUGGAAAGGCUGUUGAAAUCGAGUACGCCGAUCUGAGACAUCUGUUUGAGAGAGGAGAUAUUGUUGUUGCUAAAGCAAAUCCAGCUUAUGCCCGAAUGGUUGUGAAUGUGGCUGGCGGAAACGAUAAGAGAGAGGUGCUGGAAUGGCCGUGGUGUAAGCAUCUCGAUGAGUACAAUUAUUCAUGCUGUGGAAGCGAUGUUAUCUUCAACGACUUGGAGCUGGACGAUGUCGAUGCUCAAGAAUUCCUCAAGAAGAAAGGUUAUAUCCUACAGCCGCUUACAUUGGAAGAUCUAACAGAUGAGCAUCUCAUGAUCAUGAGGCCAUAUGUUCAUGCGUUUGUUUUACGCUCGAGGCAAUGGGUCACGAUAAGAUCUGACGAUCUGCAAGACGUUAUUUUCCGAAACAGCUUCGAUGAUUUGGUCUUACCGGAUAACCACAAAACAACCGUCCAGGCAUUAGUUACCACCCAUGAGAAAGAAAAAUCACCACUAUCUUCUAGUCCUGAAAAGCCGAGCAUCGGAUCUGUGCUAGACCUUGUUCAAGGAAAGGGCAGUGGACUUGUCAUUUUGCUACAUGGACCACCCGGUGUUGGAAAGACGUCGACAGCCGAAUGCGUCGCUGACGAUACAAAACGGCCUCUGUUUCCAAUUACUUGCGGUGACAUUGGAGAAACUGCUGCUGAUGUUGAGCAUAACCUGCAAAACCACUUUGAAUUGGCUCACAAAUGGGGUUGUGUCCUACUUCUGGACGAAGCCGAUAUAUUCCUCGCCAAACGCACCCGCAGCGACUUGCGCCAUAAUGCCGUCACAAGUGUAUUCCUUCGAAGCUUGGAGUAUUACGCUGGAAUCCUCUUUUUGACGACAAAUCGCGUUGGUGUUAUCGAUCCAGCAUUCAGGUCCAGGAUUCAAAUGUCUUUGGUUUACCCCCAGUUGAGCCUUGACGUUACGUGCAAGUUGUACGAGAAGUUUAUUAGAAGAGCCAAGACAGAGCAGAUGAAACAGGGGUACUAUGCUUUCAAAAUUAAGGAGAAAGAGAUUCUCAAGUUCGGAAAGAAGCAUUUUCGAACUUUGGAAAAAAACAGCUACGAGACAUGGAAUGGGCGCCAAAUCCGGAACGCAUUUCAAACAGCCAUCGCCCUAGCAGAGCAUCAAAGCAUGACCCAAUCCCCAGGGGAUCCUCAGCCGACACUAGGCAGAGAGCAGUUUGAAGCAGUGGCGCGAGGAUUCAUGCAGUUUGACGAAUACCUCAGCAAAACACUCGGAGCUACGGAUGCAGAUAUGGCAAAGCGAGAGGGAUGGCGCCACGACGGGUACAUGAUGGGAGCAGGCACCCCAGCCGUCCCUGUAGUUCCGAUGGCUAUGCCUCAACCAGCUCGUCACGUUCAGAAGCAAGCUGCUGCUAUGAAAUACGAUAGUAAUGAUGAUAGCGACUCUGAGACUGACACUGAUGAGGAACCUGAUAUAGAUGCCAAAGAGGCUAGGGCGGGGAAGAGUGGAUCUGCAGAGAAAGGGGAUUUUGAAACGGAAAGAGAUGAGUUUUAUGAGUAUAUGAAGUGGAAAAGGAAAUGGUCAGGACACAAGUAA